UUACAGAUGCAAGUCAUGAAGCAAAUGGUUACAGAAAGUAACUCUUCAGUGCCCGAGUUCAUUCUUAUGGGGUUAACAGUUCAACAAGAGCUCCAGUUGCCCCUGUUUGUCCUCUUCUUGCUAAACUACAUAGCCACUGUGGUGGGAAAUCUGAGCUUAAUGAAUCUCAUUUGCCUAAAUUCACAUCUUCACACUCCCAUGUACUUUUUCAUCUUCAAUCUUUCCUGCAUUGAUUUUUGUUAUUCAUUUGUUUGUAACCCCACAAUGCUGAUGAGUUUUGUUUCAGAGAAGAACACUAUCUCCUAUGCUGGAUGCAUGAGUCAGCUGUUUUUCUUCUGCUUUUUUGUAAACUCUGAAUGUUAUGUGCUGACAGCCAUGGCCUAUGAUCGUUAUGUGGCCAUUUGUCGUCCUCUCCAAUACACAACAGUCAUGUCCCCUAAGAUCUGCUGUCUGCUGGUGUUCAGUUCUUACUUGAUGGGUUUUGCUGGUGCCCUGGCUCACACAGGGUUUAUGAUCAGGCUCAGUUUUUGUAAUUCAAACAUCAUCAACCACUACAUGUGUGACAUCUUCCCCCUCCUUCAGCUCUCUUGUACUAGCACCUAUGUCAAUGAGCUUGUGAGCUCUGCUGUAGUUGGAACAAUUAUCAUUUUGUCUAGCCUUGUUAUCUUAGUCUCAUAUGCUAUGAUCCUUUCCAAUAUCCUUCAUAUGUCAUCAGGUAAGGGUUGGUCCAAAGCCCUGGGCACUUGUGGGUCUCACAUCAUAACUGUUAGCCUAUUUUAUGGAUCUGGACUACUUGCAUAUAUCAAGCCAUCAUCUGCUGAGACUGUGGAACAGGGGAAAUUUUUAUCAAUAUUUUACACUCUUGUGGUACCCAUGCUGAAUCCUCUCAUUUACAGUCUCAGAAACAAGGAUGUCAAGCUUGCUGUGAAGAGAACAAUGAAAAGAGUCACAAGCUGAAUGAAUAGUUGUCCUUUUAUAGUCCCACCUCACUGCAUUGCCAUAUCCUCUCUCUUUGACUUUUUAAUUACAUUCUUCUGUUCUGUUUUCUUUUACUCUCUCUUGGGUCUGGAAAAGAUUUUCACUGUAAUCUCUUUAUUCCUGCUACUAUGAAAUGUAACUCUUGUGUCUAUUUAUUUCCAUCAGUUUUUUUCA